AAAAAAAAUGUAUUCCUAUUUAAUACUGACAUUCACUCCAUUCGCUUGUGGAAAAUUUGAAUUCACAUUGUUAGAAGCCACUGAAGACAACCGAGAUGGAUAUAUAGUGUCUCCUGGAUACCCGUCAAUAUAUCCAAACAAUGCUAAUUAUACCUGGAUGAUUAAAACAGGAUACUUAGCAUACGUUUAUUUCUUCAUUACCUUCAUGGAUAUCAAAAUAUCGCAGACAAACCAAUGUAACGACUUUCUACAGAUAACAGAGACUGAUCCAUGCUGCUACACGCCACUAAAAAGAUGUGGUCAGUUCAAUAAAAUACCUAUAUUAACCAGGGGGAAGAAAAUUCGGGUUUCUUUUGUGUCAGACAGAAGUGAAACAGGGGAAGGAUUUUUUCUGUUUUGGAAUGUGUCGUCCAUAAAAACAAGGCCACUUGUGACAACAAGGAGCAAAACACAGAUAACAACAUUUUUACAAGGCACUACAAUAGACGCGGGAGCAACUCCGAUGACAACAACGUCAGUAACAUCGGAGACAACAACAUGGACAGUUUCAACAACAUUUAUACUCCCACUACCUAAAACACCAACAAUACAAACAAAUGACAGAAAUUUUCAAGGAUGCUGGAUUUCUUGCGUAUUGUUUCUUCAAAAAUGUAUGCAAAUUCAAUUUUGACAUUCACGACAUUAACUUGUAUUUCAAUUAAUUGGUAAGUGAUUUCUUUUUUAAAGUAUAUAUGCUCAAAUUUUAUAUUUUUUUAAUCGAUAAAGAUAAAAUUAAUUUGAUUUCUGAUCCUUUGAA